UUCUUGUGGCAACUGCAACACUGUUUUGUGUUUGUGUUUUUUUUAUGCAGGCGUCGGCGUCGAUUUUACCCUAAAUUCAAGUGCAAAUUAAAUACUAUUAUACGAUUCAGCGGUACGAAAUGGACUGCAAGAUGGACAGGCGAAAGAAACGAACUUCGUCGGAGCAAUAUCAAAUGUACAUAGAUAUGAUGGAAUCAGAUUCAAUUUUUGCCACUGGCCGAGUGCCGCGCGAUUAUGAUCUAAAUUAUUUGACGAAAAAAUGGAAAGAGCUCUCCGAUCGUCUAAACAAAUGCAGUUCCGGCCCCACGCUGACGCCAGAGGAAUGGCGCAAGCGCCUUAACGAUUGGAAGAACACAACUCGCUGCAAAUACAGACGCAGUUUGAUGUCGACGGAGAAGGACAUCUCGAUGACCACACUCGAGACACGGGCUCUGGAUCUUUUUGGCAAAGUUCCCAGCGUCACGAAUGACUCGAUUCUGAAUCUAAAGUCAGAAAAACAAGAAUUGGAAGAUGAUCUGGAUGAGCUGGGCCAACGCACAUGCACAUCGGCCUCGUUUCAAAAGGAGUUGCAAGCUGCCGUCGAAGAGGCCAUCAACGAUGAAGUCGACGAUGAUGAAAUGGUCGAGGAGCAUGUCGAGCAAGAGGAUUUGCUUGAGGAAAAUUUGGGCGACAAUGGCGAUGGAUUGGAUACCACAGAUGAAGCAACCACAGCUGUCAACACAGGCGGAGGCACAUAUCGCACAAUUGUCGUGGACAAUACAGCCUACGAGCAGGUGGAGGAUGAUCACCAACAGCAAACCGUGCUACAAUCUCAUCCUGUGGAAUAUGUUACCACCACACAGCGGCCAGUUAGGCAGGUCAUCAACACUUCCACUGGCGGCACCACGCAAAAACUUAUCAAUGGAGAACUGCCAGUUAAGCGUAUGCGCACCCAGCCCAGAGAUCAAAUCAUCUACGAGGUUAAAAAUGCAACACGAUGUAUUACCAAUAUACAAGCGGCCCCGCUGCACAAUUCCAAACUGGAAAGGGAUACCACCACGACCAGCACCACGAUUACACCGUCUCUGGGCUCAGUGCUGAGUAGUCACGAUGCUCAGCAAAUAGCUCAGCAGCUCAAGCGUUUGGCCGAUAUCAACUAUGAGACACUGCAGUUCGAGAUUGCGCGCUUCAAGUUUAACAAUCCAGGAUUUCAGUAUAAUCCACCGUCCUUAUAGUGUACCAGGCAGCAACAGCAGGAGCAGGAGCAGGAUCAACUGCAGCAGCAGCAGCAGCAACAACAACAGCAGUAGCAUUAGCGGCAUUACUCGCAUCACCAUCCGCCAUUAUAGCCGGAAUAGUAGCAAUAUGUCUUAGUUUCUCGGGGCAUUUGGCCAACUUUGUAUUGUACAUUUGCAACUCGCCCCCGCCCCCCAUACCAACAACAACAACCACAACAACAAAUAAAAAAAACCCAUCAUAAAUUAUAGUAGCCAGUUUAGUGUAAAAUUUAAAUAGAUUUUUAUUAAAUCAACACAAAAAACAAAAACUCAAAAAAAAGAUCAGAACAAAACAAAAAAGUUAUACAAAAAAAAAAAAAAAAAACAAAUAUUUCAAUUACAAAUUAACCCUAUUUGUAUAUUUAUUGAACAAUUUGUCAUGAUUAUACAUACCUAGUUUAAAUUAAGCAAAACAAAAGCCAGACAAAAUAAUAAUAAUUAAAACAAAAAAAGAAUUGUAAAAGUAAUUUUAAAAAGAUCAAGUUGUAUGUAAAAUGUAAAGAAUAAAAAUUUACCAAAUGAUAAAUAA